AUGACAUCAGCCCGCCGAUUAAGUCAAAUUAGAGACGCCGCCGGAUUUGUUAAGGAAGGACAAAUAGCAUUAGCAGGUCGCGUGAUGAUUAUGCUUUGGCAACCGUUGAACCACAGCUAUGAGCGACUAGAUUCCACGCGAUAUCAAACGCGCUACAAGAAGACAACCGACCCAAUGAGCAGACUUCCUCGCAAAGUUCUUCAAAAAAUUGGAUGCUCUAAAAUGUACGUACUGGUGCAAUUCUGCAAAUCCUGUAAUCCAGAUCCUCAUAUUGAGAUGUUCAUCACAUGGUUAGGAUACAGCAAUUCAGCUAUGAAUCCUAUUAUUUAUACGGUAUUUAACAGAGACUAUCAGAAUGCCUUGAAAAAGCUGUUCACGAGUGGUACAAAGCAUGCAUCUAGCAGAACUGGUUGA